ACACAGAGAACCAGUUGGUGACAAGAGGCAGAUGCUGAUGAGGGACCAUGUGAGACUGGAACAGUGAAAGAAGCUUUCUUAUUGUGCGGGAUCUCUGCUUCAAUCAUCAGCUUUUGCUAAUACAAGAAGCAAAUGCUACUAAAAUGAAGACUUGUACCAAGAGUCUAAGAAUUGGUGCAUGACAUGAACACCCUUAUGCCACAGAAGAUCCAACCUAUUGAAGACAUAGCCAAGACUGCAACACCUAUGCAUGGAAUUCCUGAAAGGCAAGGAAUCACUGACCCAGCACCCUGGAACUAAGAUGUCAUAACAAGAACAGUACAUUGAAGAUAACUGGCAGGAUCUGGGCGUGCUCAGAAGGGAGCUCCAAAACGCCGAAGCAAGUUUCAGCCUCAGCCUCAGCCAGAAAAGUCUUCCAUUUCUGCUGUUCCCUUUCAAUCAUUUCCAUCCAAGAAAAAAAAAACGUGAUUUGGAUAGGAACCAAAUAAAAGUUCAUUGCCUCUAUCCCUGGGAAAAUGUGUCAAGUGCCCACCCUCCUCCUUGCUGCCAUCCUCCGGGCCAGUUGAAAGCAACAGUUCCUGUGGCCCGUUGUUGCUGUAUAUGAGCCAGUUCAGCAUCCACCAUGGCGGAACUGGAGCACCUGAAUGAACCCAGGCUCCCAGCUCAUGCCAGCCGGAUCCAAAGGAACAUCCUGGAAGAGCAUGUGGAGCUAUGGUGGUUCCAGGAGCCCAAGAAAUCCCUUAUUUGCUACGGAGUAGCAGUGGCCUUGAUCCUAGCCUGUGGGGUGGGUGGUAUUGCCUUGCUGUACAGUACUAGCAGUCGCUCUGGAGAGUGGAGGCUGGCAGUGGGCACAACACUCUGUCUGCUGGCACUCUUGGUACUACUGAAGCAGCUGUUGAGCUCUGCCAUCCAGGACAUGAACUGCAUUCGCAGGCGGGAACAGGUGGAGUUGCUGAAGAGCGGAGGCGCCUCGGACUGUGCUGUGCUUCUGCUGACAGCCUUGGUGCUGCUGGUGUGUGGCACAGUGCUCACAGCCAUCUCUACCACCAGCGUCAGCACUAACCCCCCAACCCCGCGCCCCUUUGCCAGCAUGUUUAUCAGUGGCAUUGUGCUCACAGCCGCUGGAGCAAUUAUUCUCUUCAGCCUGUUGUUCUAUUUGACAUGGACUUCCUGCCGUACGGCCACUCGUCAGAACCAGGGGGCGGCAAACAACAGUGCAAUUUUCACUGUAUCAGGACAUAUUUCGGCCAGUCAGCAAUUUCCUCCUACCUCCAGCAUGGCAAACUUAAUUUAACCAUCAAGGACAUAAUGGUGACUGCCAUCAACUUCUGAGAUUACUCUGACUUUACGGUUGGAUUUGCCCUACAUGUCAUCUGACCCAAACUCAGCAAUGUGAUGAACUUUUCGCCACAGAGCAGUUAUUCUCAGUCAGUAUUGAGGCCUGGCUUCUUGGCAAGAUGUUUGCUUUGGAGCACUGAGAGAUUCAAAAGACAUGUAAAUGAAGGAAAAGAAAUGGCUAUCACUCUCAAGUGUGAUCCUAAGUAACUAAGGCAACUUGAACAUGCAGAGAAGCAUCUCUCUUUCUCAGCGGUUCCACUGAAAAUCCAUUUCAAUCUAACGUUGGUUUCUGAGGCAUUACUGUACCACCUAUUUCUUUUUUGCAUUCAAAAGGACUAGAAGCUUGCUUUUACAAAAAGGAAAGCCACAGCUCUGUAGAAAUUAAAUCAGUUUUAAGUUUAUGCGAUGUAAUAGUGAGAAACCCCAAAUGCACAAAGUUCUAUUUAGAACAACCGAAGUAUGAAUGCUAAAGAAUAACUAUGCUACAUAGAGCAUAUUUCCAACAAAGUAUAUAUUCCUAGCCAGAACACUGAGGAUCAUGGCAAAAUACCCUAAGAUUCAGCUGCCAUGGCUACUGGAUGUAGACUGUAAAAAUCCAGGUGAUCACAAGAUGAUAGCAACAAGUUAUAUUUGUAUAAUUCUUUUUGCUAUCUUCUAGCAAUCCCGAAUGUUGUAACCCAGAGAUGGCAAUUAUGCCACUUGCCAUUAUUAUUUAUUUAUUAUUUAUUAAAUUUAUUGGCCGUCCAUCUUACCACAGACUAAUGGCACUUGAUAGAAAAUAGAGGAUAGGAAUAAUAUUUUCCAGGCCUAAGAUUUUGGUGUUCUUCAGUCUGGAAACAAGAUAAAGUCACCCAGUCACUGGGAGUCAGGUGGCAUGUAACUUUCAUGAAUGUUUAUUAGUAGUAUUAUAAAAGGAAGUUUACAGGAGAAGCAUACUUUGUGAAUCCAGGGAAGCAUCAAUUCAUGCAAUAUAUGGAAAACAAAAGUGGUAUAGGUGUGCUGGUGUAUGAAGAAAUAAUACUUGAUUUACUUUUAUAAUGGAAGUCCCUAGGUCUGAUUAUUUCAAGAAACAUCUUGCUCCAGACAAAGAGCAAAAUGGAUGUACAGCAUCUGCAGACGAGGAGCUUUAUAAUAUCUGUCCCUUCCUGCAAUGCCAGCUUUCUCAACAGCAGUAAAAUAGCAAAGAAAGUCAGUAAAGUUUACUUAAAUUGUACUGUGCAGGUAGUCCUCAACUUAUAACAGCUCAUUCAGUGACUGUUCAAAGUAACAACAGCACUGAAAAAAGUGACUUAUGAUCAUUUUUUACUUACGACCAUUGCAGUAUCCCCAUGGUCAGGUAAUCAAAAUUCAGAUGCUUGACAACUGGUUCAUAUUUAUUGUCAUGUCCCAGGGUCAUGUGAUCAACUUUUGUGACCUCCUGACAUGCAGUCAAUGGGGAAGCCCGAUGAACAACGUUGCUAACUUAACAACUGCAGUGCUUCACUUAACAACUGUGGCGAGAAAGGUUGUAAAAUGGGGAAAAGUCACCUAACACAUGUCUCACUUAACAACAUAAAUUUUGCACUCUAUUGUGAUCAUAAGUCGAGGACUACCUUAUGAACUCUUGAUUUCCAUCAUAUGUGCAAAAGGAGAUGAAUGGAAUGAUAUGUUGUUUAUGAAAUGUGAGGAUGCUUGCAAUGAUAGGGGGUCCUUUUAUCUCAACUAAACUACAAUACAGCUACAUUUCUAUUGUUUUAAAAUGAUUUUAGCACUAUCUACAAUACUGGAUCUGGAAGAAAAAAGAUGUUGCUUUGUUCAGCUUCUAAGCCCUUUUGAAAUGUAAUUUGAUUCAUGUGUGUAUUUUGAAAAUCAAAAUUAAAUAAGAUAAUGUAA